GGCAGGUGCACACGCCGCCGUGGGCUCGGUAAGCGCUCUGCGGUGAAAUAUACGUGAGGCGAAGCUAACCUUUCACUGUUCCCCGGUGUGCACCCUAGGGGCGUUGGGUACAUUCCACUAUGGUGCAGCCAGCCCCACCAUCCGUGUCCAGAACUGUCCAUCUUCCCCAGUGAAACUGUCCCGUGAACACUGACUCCACGUGACCCGCGGGCACCCCCGUCCUGCUCGCUGUCCCCGUGACCAUGACCCUGCGGGCCUCACAGAAGUGGAAUCCCACAGCCCUGUGUGUCUGGCUGACAUCGCGAGCACCGGGUCCUGCAGGCCCCAUGCUGACCGAGGCGGAGGCCGCUGCGCUGUGCGGACGGCCCGCUGUGCUCAGCACCACCCGCCCAUGCCGCGGGCUGGCUGGCCCUUGCGCUGCUGUGAAAACAGCCCAGUCCCACACUCGGUCCUGCACUCAGCAGGGGGCCCGUCGUGUGGACUGGCCCAGAGCUCCGGCUGGAGGGAGGGGAAGCGUCCUGUCCACCACCACAGAGCAGGCGGGACUGUGUCCUCAUGCCUGUUUCCAGUUUGGGUGCUUCUACCAUUUUGUGUCAGUUGAGACGACCACGUGGCUGUGCGCCUUCAUUCAUACCCUCAGUCUGUGUGAACUAGAACAAAUGGCCACCAACGGGCCUCAGCCCAUAGCCAUGUGUCUCCGUUCUGGAGGCUGGAGGCCAAGAUGGCGGUGCCAGCGUGGGGGCUUAUUGGUGAGGCCGCUGCUCACUCACAGGUGCUGCCUCCACUCUGGGUCUUCAUGGGCAGAGCAGGGAGGGUGGAGCUUUGUGUCUCUUCUCACAAGGACACGAGUCCCCCUGGGAGGCCCCACCCUCAUGACCCGACUGCCUCCCAAAGACCAGCCCCCUGACCUCACACUGGGAUGGAGGUCGCAGCCCCAUGCGCUCCUGGGACACACCCUGCUGCUCACGGUGCCUGGCCCUUCGAAUAGAUGGACUUCGCUGGUGUCCUGGCACAUUGUCCUGUCGCUUUCUUUCCUUGCAGUAUCUGUGGCUUUGGUGUCAGGGCAGUGCCAGCCUCACAGAGUAAAUCAGGAAGAGUUCCCUGUUUUUCAGAAGAGUUUGAGAAGGAUUGGUGAUAAUUCUUUAAAUAUAUUUUUUAUUGAUUUCAGAGAGGAAGGGAGAGGGAGAGCAACGUCAAUGAUGAGAAUCAUUGAUCGGCUGCCUCCUGCACGCCCCCUACUGGGGAUCGAGCCACAACCUGGGCAUGUGCCCUGACCGGAAGCAAACCCAAGACCCUUCAGUCCGCAGGCUGGCUCUGUCCACUGAGCCACACCGGCUAGAGUGGUGGUUGACAGAACUCACCAGUGAAGGGUCAGGUCCGGGGCUUUUCUUUUUCGGGAAGUGUUAGAUCAGGAAUUCGGUAUGUCUCCUUACGAGUUACAGAACUAUAGGUUUUGUUUCUUCUUGAGUCAGUUGUGAUUUGUGUUUCUAGGAACUUGCCCAGUUUCACCAUAGUCAUCUCAUUUACUGGCAUGUAAUUACUCACUGUAAUCUCUUAGUCUUCGGGUUCUGAUUUCAGUUAUUUGCAUCUUCUCUUUGUCAGUGUAGUUAAGCUUAUCGAUUUGUUGAUCUUUUCAGUUUUUCUGUUUCAUUUCUCUCUGCUGUAAUCUUUAGUUCCUUCCCUUCUGCCCACUGAUCUUGCUUUGUUCUUUUUCUAGUUUGUUAGGUAUGAUAUCAGGUGAUUGAUUUGAGGUCUUUAAUUGAUGUGAUUGACACAUGCCAUGUUCACUCAGGUGCACACCACCAUUUGAUACGUGUGUAUACGCAGCAUGAUCACGGUGACUCUAGAGAACACACAGUUACAAGCUGUUUUUGUGAUGGGAGAUCUUUUAAAGUUGGCAUCCAUGGUGUGCUCCUGUGUCUUUCUGCGUAUUUUGUCAUUGCCCUUGUGAUUUCUUUGUUGGGCCCUUGGGUUAUGCUGAUUUCAACAUUAUUUGUGAAGUUUCCAUUUUCCUCCUGUUUGUGAUUUGUGGCUUCAUUCCACUGUGGCUGGCGGAGAUACCAGCAGCCCUUCUCACUGUACUAGAACUUGUCUGGUGGCCCACCGUGGUCUGUUGGGGAGCGUGUGGCCCCCACGGGCAGUGUUGUGGUCCAAUGUGUUUACUGGCGUGUGGGGUCUGGGUCCUUGAACGUCCAUCUGGACACCACACCCAUUGCUGGACGUGGACAUGACUGUUGGUUCUCCCUUCAGUUCGGCGGACGUUCACCUUGCACAUCAGGAGCUCCCACUCGGUGUGCGUGUGGCCCUGUGUGAGGGGCAUGUCCACGCCCGAGCACAUCAUACAGCUCCUCCCAAACCCCAUUGCGUCUGACGUCAGGGUCACAGGUUAUCUGCACAGGACACAUUUCCCAACCUUUCACUCUCAACUUCAUUCCAAAGUGAAUCUCAGAGAUGGUGGUGUAGUUGGAUCUGUUUUUACGCCAUCCUGCUAAUCCCUGCUUGUUGAUUGGAGUUUAACUCAUUUACUUUGUGAUUCCUGAGAAAGUAGCACUUCUGCCAAUUGGCUAUUUGUUGUCUGACACCAUUUGCCCUCAUUUUCUCCGUUGCUGCUUGUGUUUUGUUGAUUCUUUGAUAACACACUGAAUUCAUUCCCUUGUUUCCUUUGUGGUUUUGGAGGUUUUUUAUUUUUAUUUUUUAUUGAUUUCAGAGAGGAAGGGAGAGGGAGAUAGAAACAUCCAUGAUGAAAGAGUCAUGAAUCAGCUGCCUCCUGCAAGUCCCCCACUGGGGAUCGAGCCCACAACCCAAGCAUGUGCCCUUGAUCAGAAUCGAACCCAGGACCUUUCAGUUUGCAAGCCAACGCUCUAUCCACUGAGCCAAACCGGCUAGGGCUGGAGGUUUUCUUAGGAGUUACGAUGACUGUGUUCUGACAGGUGAAGAAACUGGGGCUGGGGACCUUGAGGACUUGUCAGGUCAAGUAGUGGCUGAGGAACAGCUGGGCCUGACAACGCAGUGCGGCUCCCACCGUAGGAGGGUGUGGGUCAGUCUGUCGUAGGUAAUACUGCAGGAGGGCAGCAGAGCCUGGCCUCCGCCUCCCUGUACCUGAACAGCUGCAUGUUCCAGG